AUGCGACUAAUCAAUACGAAAACAUUGCAGCUCACUGACUUUCUUGCCAAGCCGCCGCUAUAUGCUAUUUUAUCUCACACAUGGCUGAAGAACGAGGUCUCGUUCCAGGACUUUCAAAAUGAGGGACGAGAGGCCCAAGAAGGCUUUGAAAAGGUCCGAUGCACAUGUGAGCAAGCUCAGAGAGACGGUCUAGAGUGGGUAUGGAUAGACACGUGCUGCAUCGAUAAAAGCAGUAGCGCGGAGCUUAGCGAGGCCAUCAAUUCCAUGUUUAAAUGGUACCGCCUGGCUAAAGUAUACUACUCCUACAUGGCGGACGUUUCAGCAAUUUCUCGACAAUCAAGGUCGAACUCGAGCGCAGGGUCAGAUUCGAGCGCAUGGUCGGACUGUAGCAGCGAUAGUGAUGUCCAUUUCGAGCAGUUCCGCCGGAGUCGUUGGUUCAGUCGCGGCUGGACAUUGCAAGAACUUAUCGCGCCGGAACGGGUCGUGUUUUACGAUGCCGAAUGGGGCGAAAUCGGGGAUAAAAUAGAGCUCAGGGAAAUUAUAAGUCAGGCUACUGGUAUCGAUAUUGGUAUUUUAAAAGGAGGAGACUUAAACGACAUCAGCGUUGCUAGACGGAUGAGCUGGGCAGCUCAACGAGAAACUACAAGAGAGGAGGAUCGGGCGUAUUGUCUUCUGGGAAUAUUCAACGUCAAUAUGCCCUUGUUAUAUGGAGAGGGGGAUAAAUCAUUUAUUCGUCUCCAGGAGGAAAUCUACAGGGAGACAGAGGAUCAGUCUAUUUUUGCGUGGCGUGCUACCGAGAGGUCGGCCGAGCAAGCGCCAUUCCGAGGCAUAUUCGCCUCGUCGCCGGCUGAGUUUAUUCUGUCCGGGGACUUUGAGUCUUUCCAAGACUUGAUUUCGCCCUUUCAUGCGUUGCCUUCAAUCACUGGCAGAGGCGUAAUGAUGAAGGCCAGGACCGAAACUCGAGGCGGAUAUGCAUAUACGACCCAGUCAACUGCUCUGGUGAUCCUCAACUGUCGACCGCAAGGUGAUCUGGGUAAAGUUGUGGCAAUCGAGACUGUCUCUCAAGGUGGUGAUCGAUAUAUCAGAACCAAGCCUUCGAAGCUCUCUUUCCUUCCUUCUACUCUUGCAGAGGACACGACGACAAUUUAUAUCGCAAAAGCCGUUCACAGCCAAGAAAUCAAACCAGUUGCGCAUUUGGAACGACAUAACGCCUUGUACAUUAGUACACUUCCCGAAGAUCUGCUGAUAGACAGCAUACAUCCUCCUCCAUCGGUGCGGUAUAGCCCCGAGCUGCGUCUUAUAGAGCUGAACCAUCGGGAACUUGCAAGGACAGUUGUGGUGUUCUCAUGUCGACAACCGAGUGAGGGACAUGUUUUGCUUUGCCUAUGGCUACAAUCUAGCCGGCUACGGAGGACUGACAGCGAAUUUCAACUUUGCUUUACCCUUAGGAGAUCUCGUGGUAUUCCUAUUGUUGAGGAGGUAUCGAGGUUCCUCGCAGAAGAGCCCCCAGAUGAGGAGCAGAAAGGGACGUCAUUGGGUGGCCGUGAAUACUCUGCAGAAAUUAAACGCAGGAAAGUUCAAGGCGUUUAUAUGUUCUGUGUGGAUAUGUACUCGAAGAAGCAGUCCGAGGAUGGCCAGAGGCAAGUACGGUUUAACCCAAUAGUCUCAUCCAUGACCUGGAACGAUGAAUACUGGCAGUAA